AUGCAGACUGCUUCUACAAAUAUUUGUGAAAGACUGUGCAAUAAGUCCAUCUGUGAAAUUUCCUUGCUACUAAAUAUUCCACACUCAACUGUUAGUAGUAUUAUAACAAAUUGGAAGCAACUGGGAACAACAGCAACUCAGCCAUGAAGUGGUAGGCAACAUAAAAUGACAGAGCGGGGUCAGCGCAUGCUGAAGAGCUUCAUGGAAUGCGUUUCCAUGGCCAAGCAGCUGCAACCAAGCCUUACACGACCAAGUGCAAUGCAAAGCGUCAGAUGCAG